AUGGCAAAGUCUUUUGGGUCAUUUGGACUAGGGGGAUUACUACUGCUGGCGGCGUUGGCUGCGUCUAUGAUGGUUCUUCCGCUGAUGUUGCCGCCGCUACCGCCUCCGCCAUUGAUGCUUCUGUUGCUUCCAGUUGGGAUCAUGGCUGCUCUCAUGUUCUUGGCGUUUUCCCCCACGGAGGCUGCUGGAAAUGUCGUCGUUCUUGAAGAUGGUCGGCCAUUGAUGGGCGGCUCUGCUGAGGUCGUAGAUGUACAUUUUGAUAGAGAUCCUAUUAAUCUUGGACGUAAAAUAAAGAAGUUGGUGGUGGAACUAGUAACAGUUCAAGCAGCUGAUGAUGAGAUUGAUGAGGUGAUUGAUGAGUCAUCAACUACGUUGAAUUUCAAGCCUGCUAGUAAAUCUUCUAUUCAAGCUUUGAAAAGGGUGAAAUUUGGCAACGAUGAAGAUAGUCUUUUACCCUUGAAGAAGAGGAGAAGACGUGAGGAUAUGAAUUCCAAGAAACAAUGUACUAUUUGUUUGGAUGAUUUCAUCGACGGUGAGGAGAUUGCUUCGAUGCCUUGUGGACAUGUUUACCAUGAUGGUUGCAUUGUUAAAUGGUUUGAAACGAAUCACUUGUGCCCAUUAUGCCGAUAUGAGAUGCCAAGUUGA